UUUCUAUUUUCGACAGAAAUGCUGUGGAAGUCGUCGUUUAGCGGGUGGAGCAAGCAAAUCGGAAAUGGCAUCGAUAAAUAAAUCAUCGCCGUCUGAACGACCUUUGAAACGGGAAGCAGGCGGUGGUUGUCCAAGCUGUACUUAUCCAUCGACCUGCUGUUCUUGUAACGCAGAUUGUUCGUCGACCUCUUCGUCUUAUUGCCCUUCGCAAUGCAGAUAUUCUCUUUCAUCGCGACAGGCCCCCGAUUGUCAGUCCUGCAGCUCGCCUACCUCUCUGAAAUCUAUUUGGAAGAAGCGCAACUACUGCCAGUGUAAUACGAGUUAUUGCCUAUGUCAGCCGAUGUCACGCGGCUGCAAUUGUCCGCUGCCGGUUCAAGCAAACGUGCGCGCUGCUCGUGAAUGUUCCUGUGACUGUCCUUCCAGUUCGGAAUGUGCGUGUCCACCCAGUGAGCGAAGAUUUCCAAAAACGACAGUCAAGUGUCCCAACACGCGUUUAUGCUGUCCCUUUCCUCGAUUAUCACCGGUUCCAAAAUGUUAUUGCACGCGAUGUCAAUCGUGUCUACCAUCAGUCUGUCACCCAUGCACGUCUACCAAGUGUCGCGAUCGACUAAUUUCAUCGAACAAUUCUUAUUACCCUCGCUUGCCUACAACUUGUCUACGACCGACUUCAGCCGCUUCAUCUUCUCGUCCUCCGACACCUCGAAAAAAAUUAACUUUCUGCGUCGAGCGGAGUAGUCGACCCUCUUCGCCCUGUAGGGGAACAGGACCAAUGUGACACGUGCGUCCAGUAGGUGUCAGCUGUAUCUCGGAGAGAACAUCAAGUGCAUAUGUGCAAACACGUGAAAGGAAGAAGGAGAAUGCAUACUACAACGUGUUUUCUAAUCUCGGUGGCAUCGGCUAUUCAAUUCUCGUGCCGAGUCCGUUGGCAUUAAUAUCCUUCGUUAUACUGAUCCUUAUAGCCAUCAUCUGGUCCUCAGUUGGUUCAGUCUUUUAUCAUCGUUACUUAUUACGCAA